CAUUUUAGAACCGGGUUCAUUUGCAAGGCAGAGACGGAGGAAAGGGAAGAACACAAGUCCACUCCGGGGUUGAAAGUGGACCCGUUUUUUUUGUAGAUUGUGUUGGAUUGAAAGUGUUUUGUCGAGCAGUGCUGGCCCGAGGUGUGCGGGACUUGAGUAGACGAUGGCUCCGACUAUUCAGACUCAGGCGCAGCGCGAAGAUGGACACAGUAGGAGCUCCUCUCACAGAACUGUCCCGGAGAGGUCAGGUGUGGUCUGUCGGGUCAAAUACUGCAACAGUCUUCCAGACAUCCCCUUCGACCCCAAAUUCAUCACAUAUCCAUUCGACCAGCACAGAUUUGUGCAGUACAAAGCCACCUCCCUGGAGAAACAGCACAAACAUGAGCUGCUGACAGAACCAGAUCUGGGGGUUACCAUCGACCUCAUCAACCCUGACACCUACCGUGUUGACCCCAGCAUUCUGUUGGAUCCAGCUGAUGAAAAGUUACUGGAAGAGGACAUGCAAGCACCUUCCAGUUCUAAAAGGUCGCAGCAGCACGCCAAGGUGGUGCCAUGGAUGAGGAAGACGGAGUACAUUUCUACAGAGUUCAACAGAUACGGUGUAUGCAAUGAGAAAGUUGAAGUCAAAAUUGGUGUGUCUGUCAAACAACAGUUCACCGAAGAGGAGAUCUACAAGGACAGAGACAGCCAGAUCUCUGCUAUUGAGAAGACCUUUGAGGAUGCACAGAAACCGAUCGUCACGCACUACAGUAAACCCAGAGUCACUCCUGUGGAAGUUAUGCCCGCGUUCCCUGACUUCAAGAUGUGGAUCAACCCAUGUGCUCAGGUCAUCUUUGACUCUGACCCUGCUCCUAAAGACAUGACCGCUCCCGCCGGAGUGGAGAUGAUGUCUCAGGCCAUGAUCAGAGGUAUGAUGGAUGAGGAAGGAAAUCAAUUCGUGGCCUACUUCCUGCCCAACGAGGAGACCAUCCGCAAGCGCAAGAGAGACGUGGACGAGGAGCUGGACUACAUGCCUGAUGAGCUGUACGACUACAAGAUCGCGAGGGAGUACAACUGGAACGUCAAGAACAAAGCCAGCAAGGGCUAUGAGGAGAACUACUUCUUCAUCUUCAGGGAUGGAGACGGUGUUUACUACAAUGAGCUUGAGACAAGAGUGCGUCUGAGCAAGAGGAGAGCGAAGGCAGGGGCCCAGUCCACCACCAACGCCGUGCUCGUGUGCAAGCACAGAGAUAUGAAUGAGAAGGAGCUGGAAGCCCAGGACGCCCGCAAAGCCCAGCUGGAGAACCAUGAGCCCGAGGAUGAGGAGGAGGACCUGGACAAGGACCUGCAGGACUCCGGUGACGAGAAGGAGAAGGGAAGCGGGAGCGACGCGGAUAACUCCGACAGCGACUCCGACAAGGACGAGGAUGAGGACGAGGAAGAGGUGCCGGAACGGCCGCCCAGAGUGGUGGUGCAAGAGGAGGAAGAGGAUGAGGUGGAGGUGGGCGGCGGCGAGGAAGAGCGCGAGAAGGCCAAGCCCCGGCGUGUCAGGAAGCCCAGCGGCGGCAGCGCCGGUAGCGCCGGCGCCGGCAGCGGCAGCGGCAGCGAGAGCGGCGGGGAGCGGACCCGCGAGAUGCGGGACGAGGAGGAGAUCUUCGGCAGCGACGACGACGAGGACAGCGAGGCGGACAUCACAGAGCCCAAGCGCUCGGGCGCCCGGGGCAGCGGCAGCGAGGAGGAGGGCAGCGGCAGCGAGGAGGACCGGGGGGGCCGGAGGAGCCGGGCCAGCGCAUCCCCGGCGCACAGCGACCGCAGCAGCGAGCACUCCGGGGGCCGCGCCCAGAGCGGCAGCGGCAGCGAGCAGGCGUCCGACUCCAGCGACGGCAGUGACAGCGAAUGAGGGCCCGGGGUGGGGGGGCACGCCAGGGGGUUCCGGCUGGUGUCAGGGCAGAGGGCCCUGUCUCUGCCGGAUUUUAGAGAGCCUCUCCGGCCAGGCGGAAGUGGAGGGCUUCGGUCCGCAGGAGCUGGUUAGACAAGUGCAAGUGUAUUAUGUUUUUGUUUCCUUUUUUUUUU